AUGGCGAAGCGGCGGCGGGCGCAGCACUCACUGACGGCCCUCGCAUGGCUCGCAGGGUGGCUCGCCGCCAGCCUGCUCGCGUCGCUUGUGACGACAAACGCCGUUCCGCUCGAACCCACUCAAGUGCAAUUCCUGAACGAAUCUCAGGCGGCAUGGAAGAGCGUGAAGUUCCCCGGCUUGGACGGCCCCAAACCUGACUGCGACCUGCUUUCUCCAUACGACAUCAGUUGUGACGCGCACGGCAUGAUUGAUAAACUGUUUCUGAGGAACCAAAAUCUGCGAGGGCCCAUUCCGCAAUCAAUCAGCAACCUCAGGAACUUAACUUGGCUAGAUCUCUCCUUGAGUGUACUUUCAGGCAGCAUCCCGGCAGGCGUCGGUGAUCUCAAUCAAAUGCUCUACAU